AUGUGCUUUCUUAAUGUAAAAGACAGUUUAGCAAUAAAUUGUACUAUAUUUCAUUAUAAUUAAGGUGAUUAGACAUGUUUAACUUGUGAUUCAAACGAUGAAACUAAAUGUCUCACUUGUGAUUUGACCACAAGAAAAUUAUAAGAUGGAUAAUGUAUUUGCAAAGAUGGGUUUAUGGAAAUAACAUCCUUAAAAUCGCCUUAAUGUUUAUGUAUAUAAUAUGAAUUGAAGUUUUAGAGUGUUCUGAAAAUUGUAUUACAUGUGAUAUUUCAAAAAGAAAUUUAUGUUUAAGUUGCGGUGAUGAAAAUCUCACAUUUCGAUAAUUAGUAAAUGGUAAUUGUGUUUGCAAAUCUGGUUAUUAAGCAGUUACAUAUUAAUAUGCAUGCGAAGUUGAUACUUGGGAUAAGAGAUUGCUGACAUUUAAAUUCAAGACUGAUACAUCUCAUCAAUAUUGGUAGACUGUCAAAAAUUUAUUCGGAAGUAAUGGUAAUGUUGUUAGCGAGUUGAGUAACCUGAUUAAAAUUUCAUAUUUAUAGGAUACCGCAGCUGAUUAAUUCACAAAAUAUUUUUUUGAUUUAGAACAAAAUUAGAAGAAAUUUUUCUUUAAAAGUGACAUUCCUGUUGGUUAGUACUAUUAAUAACUCGAUCAAAAUGUUUUUGCUGUGGGAUAUAUCUAACCAAAAGAGACACAAAGUGUGCUUUGGAAGUUUGGUUAACUUGUUUCAGUCUCAUCAACUUCAUAUUACUACACGAGUCGAGUUUUGGAGAAGUAAUGGAAUGCAGGAAUGUUUCAAUAUUAUAAGGAUUAAGCUGUUUAUAUUUAGGUGAUAUUGACUUAAGAGGAAGUUACAGGGUCAGGUACAAGAAGAAGAUUCCUAGCUGAAGACUACUCGAUUUAUUAGGUGAUGUAUUUAUUUUAUAUUGGAUAUAUAAAAUCAACUUUUUUAAGUGAUACAGAAUGUGAAAAUUUGAUGGAUGGUUUAAUGAAUUUAAUAAAUGGAUGUCAGAAAUAUUGUGAUGAUUGUUAUUUUUAUCAGAAUGUACAAUAAUGCAGGAGCUGCUAAUUAAAUAGAUAAAAUUAAAAUGGAAAUUGUUUGUGCGAAUAUGAGACAACAGAUUAAUCCCAAUGCUAUGAACCCUGCAAAGGCGUAGAUUGUAUAACAUGUGCAAAUGGUGUUUGCAUAACUUGUCCUGAUGGUACACUUCCUCCUUGUAACUCUCCAAAUAUAAAAUGCGAUGAGGGGUAUUAUUAAGAAAAUUCAUAAUGUUUGAAAUGCGUAGAGAAAUGCAUUACUUGUACAUCUGAAGAUGUUUGCACUAAAUGUCCUGACACUUAUUUUGUAGAUGAAGAUUUUAAAUGCCGUGAAUGUUAUCCUCCUUGUAGGAAUUGUACUACAUACAAUGAUUGUUCUAAUUGUUUGGCAGGCUUUUAUUAUAAGGAUAAAGUUUGUUAUUAUUGUAAUCUAGAUUGCGUAGAAUGUUCAGCUGAAAAUUAUUGUAAUACUUGUAUUAUUGGAAAAUAUAAUAACAAUUUGGGAUAAUGUAUAGAUUGCCCUGUAAUUUGCACACGUUGCACAGCGAACGAUAAUUGCUAAUCAUGUAUUGAAGGGUAUUACAACAUUAUUGGUUAUUGUAAUAAAUGUUAGAGUGUAUGUUCAAAAUGCUUAAAUAGUUCUCAAUGUACUUAAUGCAUACCUGGUUAUUAUUUAAAAAGUGAUCAAUGUCUCAAAUGUGCAGAUAAUUGCACAACUUGUUUUGAUUAAUCGGAUAAUUGUGCUUCAUGUAUUUCCUCUUACACAUUAAUAAAUAGUAAAUGCAUCUAAUGUACAAGUCCCUGCGACAUGUGUAAGAACUCUAGCACUGAAUGCUUAUCUUGUGAGAAAUAAAAUUAUUUGGUUGUUGAUAAUAAAUGUUAAACUUGUUCAGAUUUAUGUAAGCAAUGUUCUGUUUAUGAUGAUCAUUGUUUAGAAUGCUAAUCUGGUUAUUUUUUAGAUAAUUAGACUUGUUAAAAAUGCAAUCCUUAAUGUUAGCUUUGUACAAAUAGACAUACUUGUACAGAUUGUAUAAGUGGGUAUUAUUUAAAUGUCGAUAAUAAAUGUUUGCCCUGUCCUAUUUAAUGUUCGAAAGAUUGCACAUUUCAAUCAAGGUCGAUUGUUUGCAACACUUGUUCGCCCACUUAUUUGAAGAAUUCAGGUACUUGUCAAAAGUGUUAGGAACCUUGUUUAAAUUGUUCAACUACAACAACUUAUUGUUUGGAUUGUAUUAUAGGUUAUUAUCUAUCAAAUCAUGUUUGUAAUUAAUGCACUCUUACAUAGUGUAAAGUGUGUACGAGUGCAACUUCAUGUUCUAUUUGCAAUGAUGGUUAUAUAUUAAAUUCCAAUAAUACUUGUGAAUAGCAAACUGAAGAAUGCUAUGCUAACAUGAUAUAAGUUAAAAAAACAGAUGAAUGCUAACAUUGUUAACCAUAAUGUCAAACAUGCUAUGGCUUAGAACAAAACUAAUGUAUAACCUGUUUGGUAGGUUACUUUUUAGAUACAAAUCAUGAGUGUUAAGUAUGUGGAUAAAUAUGUCCUAAUUGCUCAAAUUAAGAAAAUUAUUGCCUUUCAUGUUUAGUUGGUUACUAUCUUGAAGAUAAUUAAUGCAAAAAGUGUUCAGUCGGGUGCUUAAAUUGUUCUAGUGAUGAUAAUUGUUUAAAUUGCUCGACUGGGUAUAAUUUAGUGAAUAAUGAGUGUGAGAGUAGUUGUGUUGAUAAUUGCUAUCACUGUACAUCUGAAUCAGAUUGUGAUUAUUGCUAGCCUGGAUAUUAUCUAACUACUUAAAAGUAAUGCUAGAAAUGUAAUAUUAAUUAAUGUGCUAUUUGUACUAAUUCUUCAGAUUGUAAAAUUUGCUAAGAUGGUUAUUAUUUGGAUUCGACUACAAAAUGUCUUUUAAAAUCUUGUACCAUAGUCAAUUGUAUGAAGUGUUUAAGUGAUACUGUAUGUGAUACUUGUUUACCAGGGUUAUAUGCUGAUUCUGCUGGAUAAUGUUAAUUUUGCGAUUUUAAUUGCAGAACAUGUUUAAAAACUUCCGAUCAGUGUACAUCUUGCAGUCCUAAUUACUACUUAGAUACCAAUUCCACUUGUUAAUAUUGUGCAGCUGGUUGUUUGCUAUGUAGUACUUCUGCCAUUACCUGUUAAUCUUGCGCAUCCGGAUAUUUCUUUAUUGAGAGUUAAUAAAAAUGUGAAAAAUGUAGUUAGUUUUGUCGUUCUUGUUCUGUAAAAUUUAAUCAAUGCACAAGUUGUGGAACAAACGAAUUCUUGAAGUCAGAUGCAACAUGCUAGUAAUGCACAAGUCCAUGUUUUGGCUGCAAUUCAGAAAGUCUAAGUGACUGCAAAAAUUGUAUAGAAGGAUAUUAUUUAUCUACCAAAUAAUGUUUACCUUGUUUUACUAAUUGCUAAACAUGCGUUUACAAUAAUGUAUGUACAAAGUGUAUUUUCGGAUAUUUCCUAGAUGGCAAUGCAUGCAUAAAAUGUCCAGUGAAAUGCAAAGGAUCAUGUGUAAAAUAAUCAUCCUUUAUCUAAUGUGAUGAAUGCAAUGUUGGAUAUUAUUAAGGAACAAGUGAUUGUCUAAUAUGCAAAGCACCUUGCAAGACUUGUAAAUCAACAGAAGAUGCAUGCACAUCUUGUAUUAGUGGAUACUAUCUUGCCAUCAAUAAGGUAUGUCCAAAAUGCCAAACAAAUCAUUGUAGAAAUUGUUAAAUAUCAUCUGGAGAGUGUUUAGCUUGUGAUUAUGGAUAUAUUCUAACAAGUCCUGAUUUGUGUACAGAAUGUCCAACAUGUACUUGUGGAACUCAUUAAUAUUAUGAUUGGGAUGACGUAGUAUCUUCAGAUAAAUGUAAAGAAUGUGAUCGUUCGUGUGUUGGUUGUUAUGCUUCAUCUACAAAUUGUACAAAUUGUCUGAGUAAUUAAUAUCUCGAUCCUACAGAUAAUAUAUGUUAUAAUUGUAAUUCAUAAUGUCAAACCUGUCAAAAUUCAACUACAUGCACUUCAUGCACUUAAUUCUAGUACUUAACUAAUGAUAAGAAUUGUGCAGCAUGUAGCUCUCCUUGUUUAAAAUGUACAAGUAGCACAUAAUGCACAUCUUGCGUAGAUGGCUAUUAUUUUGAUGGCACAAAUUGUAUAUAAUGCAAUUCAAAAUGUGCUUAAUGUGAAUCUGCUAGUAAAUGUACAACUUGCAUUUAAGAUGGACACACCUAUUAUAAAAGUGAUUAUACUUGUAAUUCAUGUGACAGUCAUUGUUAAGAGUGUUAUAACAGGGGAUGUACAAAAUGCGACGAUGGUUAUUAUCCAGAUGGCCAAUCUUGUACUGCUUGUAACGCUAAUUGUAAGACAUGCUCAAACCUAAAUUGUUUUGAAUGCAAAGGAAGUUAUUAUCCUGAUGGUUAAAACUGUGUGAAAUGUUAAGAUUUCUGUUUACAAUGCACUUCAUCAUAAUGCAAUCAAUGCUAAACUGGAUAUUAUAUAAAUGGAUAAAAUUGUCCAUAAUGUAUGCAAAAUUGUUAGAAAUGUGACUCAGAAGCAAGUUGUGAAUCAUGCAAAACAGGAUUUUUCUAUGACUAAGUUAAUUCUGUAUGCUCACCAUGCCUCGAUAAUUGUCUAUCAUGUACUUCAGAAAAAUGUACAAGUUGUCAAACUGGAUAUUAUAUUAAUGGGUAUUUGUGUGAAAAAUGUUAAACCAAUUGUUUAUCAUGUACAUCAACUACAUGUAAUUCCUGUGUAAGUCCAUAUUAAGUUUAUUAAAAUAUUUGUAUAUUGUGUUAAACUGGAUGUACAAAAUGUACACAACAAGAAUGUCAACAAUGUGAUAGUUUGUAUUAUUUGGAUCCAACCUCAAAAUAGUGUGUGGCUUGUAAUUCGAAUUGUUUGAGUUGCACAGCACAAGAGUGUUCGUCUUGCAAGACUGGUUAUUACGCCUAAGAGAAAAAUUGCUAGUAGUGUAAUGCUAACUGUGUAUCUUGUGAUGCUACAACUUGUCUUGAAUGCAAACCCUAAUAUUAUGUAGAUUAAACUAACUGUGUUAAAUGCAAAGAUAAUUGUGAGUCAUGUUCAAGUACUGAGUGUUUUUAAUGCAAAACUGGUUAUUAUUUGCAAUCACAAUAAUGUACUCAAUGCAAUCAAUCUUGUACGGAAUGUACAAGUGAGACAUCUUGUCAGAAGUGCAAUAACAAUUAUUAUCUUGAUGGUGACAAAUGUGUUAGUUGUGCUUCGAAUUGUGUCACAUGCACAAAAGAUGAAUGUACUUCCUGUGCUUAAAGUUACAGAUUAGAAAAUAAACAAUGUGUUGCUUGUACAUCUGAUUGUUUAGUUUGUACUGCUUCUUUAUGCACAUAAUGCUAAACUGGAUUUUGCUUAAAAGAUUCCUAAUGUUCUGCUUGUCCAUCCAAUUGUAACUAGUGUCAAGUUGCCAAUUCUGUCUCAUGUUCAGUCUGCGAUGAUAGUGGAUAAGGAGAAGAUGAAGGUAAUGUAAAUAAUUGUGACGAAGGCCAAUUUUUAAGUAUUGAGGAUAAAAUAUGCUAUUGUAAAAUUUAAUAUCAAUUAUCAUAGAUUGCGGAGUUGAGAAUUGUUAAACAUGCACUUCAAAUGAUACUUGUACAGCAUGUUCAUCUGGGUAUAGUUUAUAGGUCAAUCAGACAUGUGUUUAAGACUCAACAGCCGCAAUACAAGCAGUCCCAAUUGCGGUUGGUACUAUUGCAGGAGGAGUUGCUAUUGUUGCAGCUGCCAUCUUAUUGAAAAAGCUAGCCUUUGUUCAUGUUGUACCAAAAUUAUUUAAAAAUUUGCCUAUUAAAUUCAAUCCCUAUAGACUCAACAGUGGGGCAUCCGUAUCUAAUUGGGAAUAAAUACCGAAUGUUUCUGAAUAGGAGUUCUAGGAUGCCUUCUUUAAAGUAUAACAAGGAGGACUGUGA